UCUUGUGCACUACACGGUGUUUAAAUUGCUGGCUUUUACACCCUACUUUAUGCCCUACAGUAUACGUGUAGACAAGUGACAUUUGGAUAACAGCCACAUUAUGGUUACCAUUUGACCUGGCAGCUAAAAUCUGCAGAGGAAGUUUCACAUUAAGUCAUGUCUACUCUGAGCGGGAAGGUCCAGACAGUCCUGGGUCUGAUUGAUCCGGAACAACUGGGUCGCACCAUGACCCACGAGCACCUGACUAUGAGGUUCGAAUGCUGCUACGUCCCCCCGGCUCCUGGACACCAGGACAAUUCCUUGGCACCGAUCCAGCUGAAGAACGUGCACUGGCUCCAGCAGAACCCGUACAGCCACCGGGAAAACUUACUGCUGUGUCAGGAGAUUGAGGCAGUGCGAGAUGAACUGGUUUGUUUCAAGAAGGCUGGAGGAGGCACCAUUGUGGAGAACACGACGACGGGUAUAACUCGAGAUCUGCCCGCUUUACGCCAGCUGGCCAAGGACACAGGGGUCAACAUCGUGGCAGGGGCCGGCUACUACGUGGAUGUCACUCAUUCUGAUGAGACGAGAAAGAUGACAGUAGAGAAGCUCACUGAUGUGAUGGUGAACGAGGUGACUCACGGCGCCGACGGCACAGAUAUCCGCUGUGGCGUGAUCGGAGAGAUCGGCACAGGCUGGCCGAUCACAGAGAGCGAAAAGAAAGUACUGCGUGCCACCGCACAUGCUCAGGCUAAACUGGGCUGUCCGGUUAUCAUCCACCCGGGUCGGAACCCAGCCGCCCCCGGCGAGAUAGUCCGAAUCCUUCAGGAGGCUGGAGGAGACAUCUCGAAAACCGUAAUGUCUCAUCUGGACAGAACCAUAUUUGACCACGGUGAGUUGCUGGAGUUUGCGAAAUUAGGAAGCUAUCUUGAGUACGACCUCUUCGGCACAGAAAUGCUGGACUACCCCUUUAAUUUGGACAUCGACAUGCCCAGUGACAGCCAGAGGGUUCAAACUCUGGCGUUUCUGAUUAAAGAAGGCUAUGAGGACAGGAUCGUCAUCGCUCAUGAUAUCCAUACUAAGAACCGACUGACCAAAUAUGGCGGCCACGGAUACUCCCACAUCCUGAAGAACAUCGUCCCCAAAAUGCUAUCCAGGGGAAUCAGCCAGAAGCAGGUGGACAAGAUACUGAUAGACAACCCCAAGCAGUGGCUAACCUUUAAAUAGAUCUAACAUUUAGGUCUGAUGAUCCGAUAGAGUCACGUGAUCAUGCAGCAGACGAGCUGUGCUUCAGUAAGGAGAAAUAACAGUGUGGGAUGCUUGCAAUAAUACUGUUUGACGCCAUCAGAGUGAUUUAAAAAAGAAUAAAAAAUCAAACAAAACAAAAUAAACGAUAAAUCUCUGCAGCUUUAACUACAAUAUGAUUUUGUGUGAGUGUAAUUCGGCCACACCUUGGCUAUUCAAUCAUCAUCCAAUUCAAUCUACGUAGAUUUCAAGGCUGUUGUUUUGUAUAUUCAUCUGGGAAAACGGCUGGAUUUGAUUCAUCCGGAGGAUAAUUAAAGGAGGGUUCGGAGAAGUCGUUCAAUACCCCAGACAUGAAAAUGAAUAACACACCACCUGAUUUCAGACAAAAACCUUCUGCUAAUCAUUUUGCUUCAAUGGGACAUCACAUCCUGACUGUCAUUGUGGGGUUUUUUUGUUUCUUUGAUUUUUUCCUUCAAUCUUAAUUAAAAACACAAUAAUGCUUUUAAUCGCAAUAACAACACGUAUUAACUGCACUUAUUUUGCAGAAUCCUUUAACCCUGAAUCACUGCUGCUUAAGCAUCAGUUAAUAAUCAUUAGUCAGUAUUGUUUCAUAUAUGAGGUGCAGUUUUGGAUUUCAGAUGGAAACAAUGAUUUGAUGAUUUGAUGAUUUAUAUCCACUAUAUGUAAAACACAGAAUAAAUUACAAGAAAGGAAAUAAAUGCUAUUUUAAAAAAUU